AUUCAACACUUUCUUAAGCCAGAUAUUAGUUGCAUGUUUGCGUCUUUAGUGAGAACAAGUUUAUUAAUAGGCCUCAUACUUCUUAUUAAAAAAUAUUGUCGUGAACUUUAAAAAUGGGUGAAACAGUAGUUAAUAUGGGUCAUUAUCCGAAUGGUCAACCGAAUGGCAAUGCUGGCGCAGAAAAUCUCAGCUGGAUUAAAUUUAAUGUAGACUACUUUAAAAAUAGAGACGGACUUUUGAAACUUUUUCAACUGUUUAUUGCAAUCAUUUGCAUGGCUCUAGCAAGUCCGGCAUAUAAAGGCGUAUCUCAUUUCUUUUUGUUUGUCGUUAUCAUCAAUUUUAUUGGAACUGUGUUAUGGUCAUUUGUCUACUUUUUGGGAAUCAAAGACGUUUUAUUUUUACCUAUCAAUUGGAUUCUUAGUGAAUUUGUGAAUGUAGUAAUUGCUACAAUGUUGUAUGCUGCAGCUUUCAUCAUGCAAAUGGCAACAUGGGUAGGAAGUAAUGAGAGAAAUGCUGGAGCUAAUACAAUAGCCGGAUUUUUCGGACUGGUGAAUUGCCUUGCUUAUGCAAGUUCUUCUUAUUACCUUUACCUUCAAUACAAAUUUGAUAACUCAAAUUGA